AAAAGAAUGUCAAAGUUUGCUGCACAUCUUUCAAUUUUUGUUCAUCGAUUAUUUUCCAAAAAUAAAUAUUUUACUUUAAUUUUGAAUGACAAUGGCAAAACAGCAAGGCAAAGUGUAUUUGGGAUACGAAGACGAACCCAUCGGAGAAAAGUUUCAGACGCUUUUAUCUUACACAGUGAAUAAAAUUGGGGGAUUGCCUGAUUGGCCUCCUUUGGAAAAUGUGCAAUUCUCUUCGAAGUGUCCCCUCUGCGGGCUACAUAGGCUGCUCGUUGUGCAAUGCUAUGCUCCUCUUGAAAAUUCAACCUAUCAUCGCACUUUGUAUGUUUUCGCGUGUAUCAAUCCAAACUGUUGGACGCAAUCUGAGAGCUGGCUAUGCCUCCGAAGUCAAAUUCUAGAUAGUGCAUCGAGUCAGCCAAGUACUAUAGUUGCUAUGCCAAAAUCGGAGAGUAACCUUACUUGGUGCAACGGUGCUGAUGAAUGGGAUGAAAAUGAUAACGGAGAUAGCGCUAACGGAAAUGUAAUGAAUGUUGACAACGCCCCUAGUCCUAACAAUGCAAUGCAAAGAAAUUCAGAUGAAGACGAAGAAAGCAAUUCCAUAGAAUUGGAGACUGUGGAACAAGCACUCGGAAACUUACAAGUAUUUGAUGCUCAUAAUGCUAACAUGUCCCCAGUGCAAGGAGCCAUUGGGGCUAUUGGUGCUCCAGUAGCAGCGGCAGAGUUGGAAGGCGGGGAUGAACCAGGGCUGGUGACGGUGGACACACCUUUGGCACCUACUAGUGAUAUGGAGACCUUACUUCACCAAACAGCUGAAUUGCCACCUGACUUACGAAGUCGACUAAUGCUAGGACCUUUACAAUUUGUGCCAAAGUAUAUUUAUGUUGAAGAGGAAUGGAGAAAACCACACAACUAUGAAGACAAAGUGACUGAACUUCUUAACAAAUAUCAAAGAGAAAAUGAAGAAAUAGAAGUACCCGCCGCCGGCGAUAGAGUGGGAGGGGCAUUGGGCGGGUCGGAGGACGAACAGUACGAAGAGGCCACGCCCCUCCAUGGUGACAGACUCUUCCACGCGUUUAUAACCCGCUUGCAGGAUAAUCCUGGACAAAUAUUGAGAUAUUCCCGCGAAGUGCCACCAUUGCUUGGCGCGCCGCUGCCGAGUGCCGCCAACACGCCUGAAGGAGGUGCGGCCGCGGCGGCCACUGGACUUGCACAGGUUGGCGGCACCUGCCCCCGCUGCGGCCGCGCGCGCGUCUGCGAGCUCCAACUGGUGCCAGCUCUGGCACAUUCGCUGCGUCUGGCCGGAGCCUCCCCCGCGCCGUCUCACCUGCACUUCCUUUCAGUUUUAAUACUCACAUGCCCGCUCAGCUGCUGGCAACCCCGAGACACACUCGUGCAAGAGGCCGUUGUGUUCCAACCGGAAGUCGUUUAAAAGAUGUUCGAAUUUUGAAUCCCACUUGUCAGGAAAUAAAUUAAUAGCGGAUGGAAUAGUUUCAGAAUGAGAGAUUCCUGUUCGAAAACAAAACACUAGCGAUAGUGACGUACGCGGGUGGUAUCAGUGCUGGCACGGUAAUAAUAUCAUACAGUAUUAUAACUUCAUAUAAACCGACGAAACGCGAGCUUUCCUUCGAAUUUCAAAUCUCGGGACGCGGUCGAAAUCCGAAAGUUAGGGUUAGGGGUGUCGCGAAUGUGCCGAAAGGACGUCGAUGGCCUAGCUAGUGUUGAAAAUGACAAGUACUAUACUCUAUGAAAAUGACUAAGGUGAUUGAAUUUGACUACCGUCAUUUACGGUCAAUUUUGUCAAAAACAAGUUAUUAACAGUCAAAAAUGGUCAUUUUCAGUCAGUUUGAUUUGAAAUAAAAAUUAUAUUGUAUUAAAUCAGCUUUUGCCCACGACUUCAUCCGCCUGAAAUUAAAGUAACAGGUCAUUAAGUACUCAUUAUGAUUAGUAGAUUCAAAAUUAUUUUAGUAUAUUUUUUUAAAUUAAAUCUACUAACACAAAACAACACGCAUUUUUAUCCUAUUCCAUUCACAAAGUAUUUUGUUUGUCUAAAUAAAAAAAAAUUACAAUCACAAAACUAGAUAGAAAUUCUAAGUAGACAGAUGUAAUUAGAAUGGGUACCGCAGGUGAGCAGCCCUAUCGCAUGUUGUCAUACCGUGACGUACCGCGGGGCUGUUGACAUUUAUUUCAAAAAUAUGGCCGAGUUGGAAUACUGUAUAGAUAGUAUUACCGUGGUGCUGGGCUCCUCUGUGCCAACUGACCUACACUUCCUCUCAGUCCUCAUACUAUCUUGUCCACAGGCUGGCAGCCACGUGUUUAAAUAGAAAAGGUGGUUCGAAUUUUGAAUUUUAUCAAAAGGAAACAAAUGAAUAGCUGAUAUUAAAUUGUUAUUUGUUUCACUAAUUCCUGUUCAAAACAAAAUUAAACGAUAGUAAGGCUGGGUUGCACCAUCUUACUUUAACUUUAUCAAACGUCAAAAAUCUGUCAAACUCUAUACAAAACACACCGGUUAUCGUCAAAGUUAGGUGGUGCAACUCGGCCUUAAAGAAUGUAGGCGAUUAUUAUGUAAGUAGAAUCUAAAGCUCCCUAGAGCUCCAGUCUGCUCUGCCCAUUUCCCUUUGGGAAUUUCUGAAGUUUUCCAUUUGGAGUAAAUAACUUUAAAUAAAGUAGGUAUCUUAGAUGUCAAUUCUCCGUCAACUGAACCUGACAAUCUUGUAGUGUAAAACUUAGCGUCAGUGUUUUAAUCAACUUCGACGUAUUCACAUUAUAAUUACCUAUAUUAUACCUAUAAUGACAAAAUGCAUGAUGUAUUGGUGUUGUCGCCAUGUACUUACUGUACAGCUUUAGUCAUUUAACUACUUAUUAUAUUCUUUGUUUUUAUUAUGUAAAAUCAGUCAGCCAGUCUUUUAAAAAUUAAGAUUUUAAACAUUUACAUUUAAGUGUAAACGUGCGUCUGUGAUCUUACUUUUGUUAGGAUGUAAUCUUGUGAUUAUAAAUAAGUUAUUUCCAUUAUUGUGGCUUCCUGAAUACAAUUCAUCUUUAUUGAGAUAUUUAUUACAUAGCAUUUACGAGUAUGUAUAGAACUUUUUAUUUCAGCACAAGUCCAUUAUAAGCUGCUAGUUAGAGUUAGAUUAAGGUGUAUAAUUGUAAUGGGGUAGUAAUUACUUCUAAAUUCUUAUCCAUCCAUUACUACUUUAGACUUUCUGAUCUAACCCAUGUAAUUAGAUUUUUGGAUAGCAAUAAAAUCCAUAAUUUAA